AUGACGACCAUUGGAAAGACAUUGAAAUUGACUAUUAUCGGCACGAUAGGUAUAUACCCGGCCUUGCUCAACAUAAGGAAAUCAGCCUCAGAGGGAUGUGAAUUCUGCGCGUUGCUUCGAGACUCCAUCUUAUCUCCUAAAUUUAAGGAACUUCUCGCUGCGGACGAGGUCGACACUUCGGCGGCAUUUUAUAUCGAGAUAAGACUAAACUAUCGCUGGCGAUCUGAUACUUUGCCCGACGGCUACGAAUGCAACCGUGGCCUUGGGUCUUUGGAAGCUGUGGUUGACAUAGACUAUGAAGAAAGGUUUCUUUACAGCUAUACCUUCAAAUUUGCGAUCGAGUCAACGCCGAUGCCAAACUUUAACGGUGGAGAAUCCGAUUCUUUCCUAGCAGCCCAGAGGUUAUGCGAGAAAUGGCUUCGCCUCAGACUUAACAAGACCGGAUACAUUCUUACGGAAGAGAGAGUUGUGUGGUUGAAGGGCGAGAUCGACCGAUUCAUAGAAAACCACAAUCCUCCGUCAGAGCCUAGCUUCAUUCCUACGCGGUUAAUUCAGGUCGAUCGCGACAUACCGAGGCUCGUUCGAAAGGAUGACAUUGCGAGACCGAGCUCUGGGCCUAUUAAAUACGCGGCGCUCAGUUGCUGUUGGGGUAACAAGGAGGAAGCGAUGAGGCAGUAUAAGACUACUAAAUCGACUCUUGCAGCAAGGCUAUCGGGGUUCGAGGCCAGAAAAAUGAGCAAAGUCCUAUGCGAUGCUAUUCAGACAGCUCGGGCGUUAUCGUUAUCGUAUAUUUGGGUGGACGCGCUGUGUAUCAUCCAAGACGAUGCCGAGGACUGGGAGCAAGAAUCGAUUCAGAUGGGACGUAUUUACGAGAACGCACAUGUCACGUUCUUCACAUUAUCUUCCAACUCUUGCACCCAAGGUUUCCUAGAGCGACAGCCGCCGCAGCUCAGAAUCCCGUUCCGAUCCAAAAUCAAACCACAAAUUGAAGGAGCAUACGGCCUGCGUUUGACUUGGAUCGAUACGAACUGGACCGUCCGCGAACCCCCCGACAAUACAUAUAUAGAGAAUGACCUCCAGGUCAGCAUCUGGGGCACACGCGGAUGGACAUACCAGGAGCAGGCUCUGUCGAAAGCGUGUAUUUGGUUUGGAAAAUCGCGGACGCACUUCCUAUGCCCCGAUUGGUCUUACACAGAAGGCGAUGCCACACAGUCUCGAGCGAUACCGCACUUUCAACUACAGCACCUCAAGUUCAAUGAUAAUUCCGAGAGUUUCCGCUGGGACUGGUAUACGAGAGUCGUAGAGCAGUUUACCGGACGACUCUUCACAAACCCGACGGACCGUUUCCCAGCCCUAUCCGGCCUCGCGCAAAAUUUCCAUGAAUUGCUCGGCGGCGAAUACCUAGCCGGGAUUUGGACGAUAGACUUACACAAAGGCCUCUGGUUCUCGUGUGAGAAAAAUCGUACUCCUAGCUUUUCGGCACUGAUAAAACAAUUGGCGAACCCCAACAUUUAUGUCGCCCCGACGUGGAGCUGGGCUAGUCGACAGGGCGUAACGUACCAUUCUCACUUCCCGCUAGACAGAGUUGAUUUGUAUGCCCAUCCGUGUGUGAAGGACAUCCGAAAAGCAUACCAAAGAGUUGAAGGAGAACUGCAGCUGAUGGGGGCUGACCGAUUCGGUAGGCUUAAGAGUGGGUAUUUGAAAGUCACUGGUAGAACAUACCACCUCCAGCUAUCCCCGGACAGGCUUCGAAAGCCCCAAGAAUCCGAGCCCCUAUUCUCUUACUCUGCCGAGUCUGUCGUGGAUAGCGAGGACCGCACUAUAGUUCGAUGUGAGUGUGACUGGGCUGGAAGUUUGACCGAUGUUGGCAGCCAUGUCACCCUCUUGUUUCUUGGUCACAAAGCCGAGAAAAUGCUCUCGUCCGGUCCAGAACUUGGUGAGCUAAGUGAUGACGAUGAAGUCCCUGAGGAUAGAUUAGCAUAUGGGCUUCUGUUAUAUAAAGCCCUCAGUUCGGAUAAAUUUUAUAGGAUCGGGAUUUUCUGGUCCAAGUCCGAGGAUGGAUAUGGUACGGCGUUUUUCAAACGUUGCCAAGAAAGAAAAAUAACGUUGAUAUGA